UUAAGAUCUGAUGAAAUAUUUCAGCAGUAAAAAAGAGACUCAGUUGUCGUGACUUCUAUGUAGUGCAACGUUCAGAGGCUUAGCCCGGGAGCCGGGCAGCCUUGCGACAUGUCGCUAAUAUCAUGUAGAUUUCCUGUAUCGAAAAAAAGUAACUCUGUAACAAGUAAAGAAUGAAGUAACUGCUGGAACAGAACUUAGCUGCCAAGCAACUUAUCAGUUUGAAUUGUUUAUCAUUGCAAAUAUCUGAGCGUGUUAAAUAAUAUUUUCUGGAAAGACUUCUGGCUUGUUUUAAUACUUGGCCCGUUGAAUGACUCAUUCAUCGAGCUCGCGUCAUACCGUGGGUGGAGAGCGUUUUUUAUUCACGCCCGGCCGGCUGUUAGGUCUUAUGUCUCAGUCAGGUGCCAUAAACAGUUCAUGUACUGCGGUAUUUAGCUCGCACCCGCACGCCACGACAAAUACAGAAAUGUUAGUCGUGAAACGGUUGACAAAAAGAAGGGCAUGAUUUAGGACCGCCUUUCUAUUCCCAAUAUAGCAGCGACUUUAUUUUUGUAAGGCUGUACGUGAAACAAUAGAACAACGAAAAAACUACCACAGGAGUUCAGAAAACAAUUAGAUUUGAGCUUAAAAUAGCUGUAAGUGACCUCAAUGUAGCUAGGAGCUGACAGCGCGGUCGGGCGUGCAGUCAGCGUGUCCAAGGAGACGUCAGCAAGUUACAAACCGACUAUGGCUGCUGAAGAGGGAACAUCACAAUCUGCUAAUGAAGCCUCGGCUGACACAGCGACCAGUUCCGCAAUGCCCUCUUCAACUGAAAUCAAGUCAUCGCCGAUGCCUCCAAUGGGGUCCAUAACACAACGUUCACCAAAGUGCGCUCGUUGCAGAAACCACGGCGUCAUCUCUAUUCUCAAAGGACACAAACGAUUUUGCAAAUGGCGAGAUUGUGCAUGCUCUGAUUGCAAUCUUAUAGCCGAGAGACAAAGAGUAAUGGCCGCGCAAGUGGCGCUUAGAAGACAGCAAGAAAGCGACGAGGCGGCGAGCCAUCUUUCUUAUGGUUCGAUGCAGUUGUGUUUUAAUCCAAAUAUGCACAAGGCAUCAAGAAUAAUCCCUCCUUCGCCAACAUCUCCGCGAGAAGGUCAAAUCACUCAGAGAAGCGCAAGUUUAUCUUCGCGAUCAAGUUCGCCAAACGACGAAGUCAGCAAUGAGUUUGAAUCUCCUACAAGUAGUGCAAACGAAGAAUUUCAAAUGGAAAACAGCGGUGAAGCUUUGCCCAAUAGGUGGAAACGUGAACGAGACGAAGAAGAGGACGAGCGACGGCCUAGAAUGUCACCAGACACAAAACGGCAAAGGAAUGAGAAGGUUUCUCUGAACAAUGGCGAACACGGCAAAGUGAUGUCAACUUCGGACCAUUCAAGGUACAUGAACAUCUUAAUACGGCUCUUCCCGGAGCAGAAACGAAACGUUCUGGAGCUGAUAUUAAAGGGGUGCGGAGGUGAUGUGAUUCAAACAAUAGAGACCGUUCUUCCAAGUCAUGAGGAAGCCCUCGCCCGAGGGCAAAUACUUGCCAGUGUACCACGCGGCCUCUUCCCAGGCCCUCCGCCACCUUCUAGCUAUUCCGCUUUCUCACCUCUCUCUCCCACAAUUCCUCACAGCAUACCAUUAAGCGCUGUCGAGUACCAUGCGGCAUCCAAGUGUGCCAGUGGCCAAUGCCCCGGAUGUGUUUAUUAUCCGGGAACUGGUCCCAUGCCUGUACUGAAAGAUCCCUCAAAGCGGCAAAACCCGGACCUGCCAACUCCGCUGAUACCGUCCAUCUCAGAGCACAACUCGCUACCGAUGUCGACGAUUCCAGCUUUGGCAAAAAUACCCCACCUUGAAGACAUGCGGUACAGUCAAAGUAUGCGGUCGGCAACUGCCGCCUUAAUGACCAUGAGCACGCCUGGACGAGUCCUUUCCGGGGACCGGGUCCUACCAAGAAAUGACCGCAGCCCACCGGCCCUCUCUCCCCGCGGUUCUCCAAAAAGUGAGGCUGACGAAAAAGCUUGAAGUUAGUUCUAUCCAGACGAUAUGAAAUUGAGAUACGAAGAUGCAGUAGUUGAGGUACCCAGUAAGACUGGAUAAAAAUUAAUAGAAUAGAUGCUAUUAGAAACACGAAUGUUAUUUUUGAUGUUACCCUCUAAUGACGUAAGUAACAUGAAUAGCUAACGCUGAAACAGCAUGGCAUUGUAGACUGAAGACGUGUCAGUGCUGUAAGUUAGGAGUCUCAUACGCUAAAAUAUGACUAAAACAAUAUACACUCGAGUGUAUCAGAGCGACUUCUGAAUUUGCCUUUCACUCGAGCUCCGAUCCAGUUCCAUCAGCCAAGCUGCCUAAAGAUAGUACGAAUUGUAGAACAUGUAAAUAUCAUUCUUCCCCAUAUGAAGUACUCAAGUACCUUCUUCAUGAUGCUUCUUAGAGAUAUAUUUCUACAACAUUGUAUUAUAAUUUUUAAGCUUUUUUCACUUCAGUCUUAUGUGGCAAAGGAAUGAAAUCAUAGGAAUAGACAUGAUAUGAUUAGCUAUACCCUGUUCAGUGAUGGUCUUCAGAAUGCACGGUAGACCGCGUUAAAUAUUCAAGGCUUUCAAGACGUUGUAGUAAGAAUAACGACCCUCCUACCCGUAAUAUGUCAGCUGAAGUACCUGACUGAUGGGAGUAGAAAAUGCUAUGGAAAGAGAGCAUUAGUGGUAGUCUUUUUUGAGAUGUACAUAUAAAUUGCAGUGGCUGAUUUCAUUUUUUGCCAUUUAAUUAUACAAAAUUAAAUCUUUUCUUAUGUUUUACGAAGCCAACAUGUAAAAAAGCCUUUAUGGAACGAACAGUAAAGUGCAUGUAAAUAACCCGAAACGUUAAUUGGACAAAAAUGCGAGCUUGUACCAUAAAACUAUUUUCUUACUCAACUAGAAUAGUAAAUAGCACCGUGGUAGUUAGCGUGCCUGUCUUAGAAAUAGUUGAUUAGGCCGAGCUAUAGACAGGCCGGUCCAAGACAUUGUAAGCUGCCUGUCUUAGAGAGCUAUGGACAGGCCGACCAGAGACCUGCUUCUGUAAGAUCUUGUAGCUUGAUAGGUAAUUAGCGUAGAUGUAGUUUUUUUCUUUUGCCGUUGGGUAAAAUUAACAGUAGUGAAAAUAAUUCGUGACACCAUAAAUGACUUUAAAAAGGCUUUGUAAUAUAUUUAGUUUUGUGAAAUAUUUUUUUGGCGACAUUCUGUCGUUUCUUUAUUUUAAUAAAUAUAAACCGUGAAAUGAACCCGGGCAUUCGCCUUGGAGUAAAUUCAUGAUGUAAUCUACUGAUGAAGGUAAUUCAGUAUACAGUGUAGUGUAAAAUCCCUGGGAAAUAUUCUAUUUCAAGGUAAAUGUUCGAGUCUCUUAGGUUCACGUGUUAACUCUUGUAGUCAUGAGAUCAGAACUUCAUUUCUCCCUCUGAUUGCCAAUUAUUUCUUUCAAUGACCGUGUUGGGAGAAUUUGGUGACUACACCAAGACAUCAGUUAAUGAAUUUAUCUCAUCACCUGCCUACCUGAUAACAUCUUGAAACAGUAAGGAGGAAUUAAACAUUGACUACUUGAGUCGGCACGUUAAAGGGUUAACAUAAAUAUUGGUAAAUAGAUGAAUAUAUAAUAAAAUAGCAUAAAGUAAUAAUCAUAAAUUCGCAUUAACUAAUACAGAUGAAUCAGCUCAGGAUCUCGAAAAUGUAGUCCAGCCGAUUUAAUGCAGUUAUUUGGUAUAAAAAGGUAUUGUUGUCAAUGCUUUUCUUAUCUCCUAAAACUGAAUGGCUUGUUUAAAAGAGCUUUGUAAAACACGGUUGAGCAACGGUAAAAUCAACAAAAUAAUGCAAGAGAUAAUUGAAAACUCUCUAAUCUAUACUGUAAUAUUGGACAAUACCGGCGGCUAUAACAUAGACAAGCUGUUAUGAGUUAUGGACUUUUUCUAGCAAUGGCAUUCAGCGGAGCGCGCGUUUUACGAUAAAAGCAACUUUCUCUUUCAGUUAAUCUUGUAGACAGAAGUACAUUAGUAUUGUAGUCACGUCCUAUCUUCAAGCAAACUAGUAUUAGUAUAGAAAGUAUUCUAAAAAGAGUAUUUAUAGAUUUUAUUCGUCUAGAUGAAAACUUGUAUCGUCGUAGGUCUUCACUCUUCAAAAAUAAUGCAAUAAAGAUUGUAACUUCGAA